AUGUCUGUUAAUUCAAAACAAUACAUUGUUCAAAAAAAUUCAUCCCAGUUAAUUAAAUCUGAUGCGUGGUGUAAAUUUGGAUUUCCUGCAAAACUUCGAACUGGUGGUGUCUAUGAUAUUAUACCUGGUUUUGUUUCCUGCUUGGAUUGUUUUAGAACUCUUCCGUAUGAUGGUAGGACUAAGUAUAUGAUUAAACAUGCCUGUGUAGUUGCUUCUGGAUCUAGCACAGAACCAGCAGUAAAUAAAGGAAUGAUAGACAAUUAUUUACUUAAAAAACCUGCCAUAUCAAAGCAAGAUAAAGAAAAAAUGAAGGAAAAAUUUGUUAUUUGGUCUUGUUCAUCUAUACGUCCUUUCAGCAUCAUUGAAGAUCCAGGAUUUAUAGAUAUUCUUAAUGAAGGUAUUCGAAUAGGUCAGAAAUAUAGUGGUCAUAUAGAUGUAGAAGAACUUGUUGUGUCAGCUAAAACAGUUGGGAACAAUGUGGCAAUAAUGGCCGAAAAAUAUCGAAAUCUUUUGAAGCCAAUUUUGAUAAAGCAAGCAGAUGAUGGCUGUCUUUGUAUUGCACCUGAUCUCUGGACAGAUAAACGUCGUAAAAUUGCAUAUAUUGGUAUAACAUGUACAUUUGUUAAUGAUCAAUUUAAACCUGAAACUAUUGAUUUAUGUUGUUCUGAAUAUGAUGAAUAUGAUAAAACUGGAGCAAGUGUAUAUCUGGCUAUUCGUAAACAACUAAAGCUGUUUGAUUUGGAUUUUUAUUUUGAUAAUAAAAAGUUAUUGUUUAUAUCUGAUAGAGGUUCAAACAUUAGGAAGGCUCUUGAAGGCCAAGAUGUCUUAUUUUGUUUUGGUCACAGAAUAAAUAACAUCCUUCAAAAAGCCUUCUAUCAGAUAAAAUCAACAAAAGAAAAAGAAUUAGAAACAACAACAACAACAACAACAACAACAACAACAACUGUAUCGAAAAAACGACGUAUUAAAGAACUUGAUUCAUCUGAUGAAGAGAAUAGUUCUGAUGAUGAUGAAGUUUAUAAAAAACCUUCACCAUCUAAACAAAUAGAAGCGACAACAAGUUUAUCUUCAUUACCGGUUAAAUCAAAAGAACUACUUGAUACAAUAUCGGCAUCAAAAUCAAUCGUGAAAUAUGUUAAAUUGACUAAUAUCAACUAUGAAAUUACGUUAAACGAUGGUGUUGCUUUACAGCAAUCCACCAUUACCAGAUGGAUUUCGUUAUCUUCACUGCUGAAAACAGUUGAAGCAUCACUUGAACACGUUAGAUCGAUUUUAUCAACAAAAACUACUGCAGAAAAACAGAAAUUAAAUAUUAAUAGAAUAAAUCUCGAAGGAUUAAGAGACUUGGUAACAUUAUUGAAAAUAUUUGAAGAUGUGAUUAAGUUGAUCCAACAUGGUGAUCGUCCAAGUUUACACAUGGUUUAUGUAGGGUUAAAUAAACUAAAGUCACAUUUAUCUGGUGAAGAUAUUGAUUGUAAUGGAGAACAAAUUAUUAUUGAUGAUAGACAUGAAGGUACUAAUUUUUUUCGUAAACGCUUAAAGCAGCUGCUAAUGGUUAUGUUUCAACUAGACAAAAAGCAUUUAGCAGGCGCACUGCUUCAUCCACUUUAUAGAAAAUUAACUUUCGUCAAUGAUUAUCAAAGAAGUAAAACUCAUAUUUAUGUACGCAAAUUAUUAACCGAAUUAUAUGGUUAUGGAACGCAUCAACAAGGAAAUAAUCAUUUAUCUGCUUUUGGUGAACCAGUAAAGAAAAAACAUCGAACUAUUGAAGAUCAAUUCAUAGAUCCUGAUGAUGAUGAUCAAACUUUUAUAUCAGAUGGUACAGCAACAAAUCCAACUAUUGAUGAAUUAGACAAGUAUUUAAAAAUGUCAAUUGAUGAUCAAUAUAAAGUAUCCAAUCCAUUAAUUUUUUGGCAGAACUAUCAAGAUAAACUUCCUUAUUUAGCAAAACUAGCACGACGGUUGUACUCUAUUCCUGCAACAUCAGCAGGUGUGGAAAGACAGUUUAGUGCUAGUGGUCUAUUAAUUAAUGAACGAAGAUCAUCAUUAAAUCCUGAUACAGUUCAAAAUGUAUUAUUUAUUCGAUCUAUUCAAAGAGCACUUAAGAACAACCCAAACAUGUUUUCUCUUUAA